CCAUCCGCAACCGCUCGUUUCUAAUCUUCUCAUCACCAUUGCAGAGGACGAAGCAAGAGAGAGAGAGAGAGGAAUGACUCUGAACUUAUGCUCUCCUUCUUUGCCUCGCCUCUCGCCGCAACUCUCCAAUUCCAAGCUAUAUCCGACGACCAGCGCCACCACCAAGGCCACCGCCUCUCUCUUCCUUUUCCUCCUCAACGCUGCUUCCCCGACCUAUUUUUCUACUUCUACGAUCAGGCCUCUAGCACUCGGCUUCUCUGCUCCAAAGAAGAGGCUCAGGACCGCCACGGCCUCGUUGAGUGACGGCGACAACGGCGUCGGCGUCGCGGAGGCGGCAGCCUCUCUUCUGCUGGACGAUGGAUUGCUCAACCGAAUCUCUGCCGCGAAGGACGCGAGCGAAGCCCUAGACAUGAUCGCCGAGCACUCGAAGCGGCCCUCCGGCGUCGUGAGUAGCUACGACUGCUGUUCGAUUAUAUCUGCCGCGGUUGAUCGCGGCAAUAUCGACUUGGCGCUGUCCGUUUUCUCUGCCAUGCGUUCCACUUUUGAUCCUGGGGCUGCUGAUGGUGAAACCACUUCAUUUGUUCAGAGAUGGAAGUGGUCCAGGCCAGAUGUACACACUUACACAUUAUUAAUUCAGGGCCUAGCAGCAUCACUGAGAGUUUCAGAUGCCCUUGAGAUGAUUGGUGCUGUUAGUAGAGUAGGAGUUUCUCCUGGUGAAGAGGUUCCUUUUGGUAAGAUCGUGAAGUGUCCUACUUGUUUGAUAGCGGUCACUGUUGCUCAGCCUCAACAUGGUAUUCAGAUUGUCUCCUGUUCAAAAUGUCGCUACCAAUAUGAGCUAGUUUCGGGCAACAUUAUCAGUAUUGAGUCGGAAGAAAUCAGCAUGGAGGUGCCUGCUUGGAAAAGGGGGCUAAGAUUCCUGCAAAUAAAGAAGCUAAGCAUUCCUGCUGCAGUUCACUCUAUUGUGGUUGAGACUCCAUCUGGGAUGGCACGCACCCACCGAUUUGCUACUGAAACAGUUGAUCUCCCUGCACUGGUAGGAGAAAGAGUAACCAUUGCUGUAGCUGCUCCAGAAAACGUUUACAGAGAGGUUGGUCCCUUAAAGUUUAGUCCAAAACCUCCCAACUUCUAUCCAGGAGAGCCUAUUUUCUUGACAAACCAUAGAGAUGGCCGAGAAUCUUUGUUAUUGAGAGCACCCAUAAAAAAUGAAGGCUCAUCCUUACUUAACCCCUCUGUACUCAUUCCCCUAUUGGCUGUGCUGGCUACUGGAGAUGCUGCUUCCGGAAUCAUUGAUCCCAGCUUGCCCCAGUUCAUUUCAGUGGCUGUAGUUUCAUCUUUUGCUCUUGGGGCCACUUUGAAUGCUUUGGUUUUCCCCCAGUUAGGCCGGCUGCCUCAGGGGUUGGUGGAUGUAAUUGCCAUCAGGCAGCAACUUCUAGCACAGUAUGACCGACUUCAAUCUCGCAUCAAGGAUUUGAAAGAAGCUGCUGAGAAUGAGGUAUGGAUGCUGGCUCGCAUGUGCCAAUUGGAGAACAAAAUCUUUGCUGUGGGAGAAGAUUCUUAUCGUGCUCGGAGGAAUAGAAUCAAAAGAGUACGUGAAGGCUUGGAUAGUUCUCUGAGGAAACGAAUUGAACUCAUAGACAGCUAUGCAAGGAUUUCUUCUAUGAUUGAAAUUGAGGUUGAGAUGGAUUCUAAUGUUCUUGCUGCUGAAUCAUCUAGCAAUGCAGAAAAUAUUGCUGAACAGAUACGACAGACAAUGGAGCUUGAAAAUCUCGAAGAGAGAUGGAGACUCCAAGCUGCCGCAAACGAUGAGGUUGAAAGACUUCUAAGUUCAGAACCCACAUCCGAUGAACAGGUUUUAGAUGUGUAAUUAUUGGUAAUAUACUUGAUCGAACCAUCCUAAAUUUCUUCUUCUAGUUCUAGGUUUGUUCCCAUCACUGUCAAUAUUAUCCGAUAUCAUGUUGUAUUCUAAAUGCUGCCCUCCUUGUGAUUGAAAAAUGUAUUCCUUCUUCUGUAAAGCAGAAUCUUAUUCUUGACACUAAGAUUGAGUUAAUUCACUUCCAGUGCUGCACCAUCUAGAAAUCUUUAUAUAAAUGGAUGUUAUCA